GUUGUGCACGUAAAGUGAUUUCCACCUAGCGAUAGAUCAGAGUGACAUUACAGCUGAAUAAAGGACGAUGUAAUGGUUCAGACAGUCGGAAAGGAAACAUGGACGUUUGUUUACUGCGCUGUCUCCUCUUCGUCGCCCUGACGACUUGGACAUUAGGAGACGAUGGACAGGUGACGUUUGUGUCAGAGCUCUCGUCCAAACCAGCUCAGAAGUUGUCGAAGUAUAGCUGGUACGGCAGCGUGAGGCUGCAGAGGUUUCAUAUACCGGAGGAGACUGCCAUCGCUCGCUGGCUCUUCUCUGUCACCAAGGGCCACAGCUUCCAUUGUGGACAGCACAACGUCACCAUCCAUAUUCGAUGGGGUGCCCCUCCAGUUAUAAACCCAUUAGGUUUGGUGUUUCCUAAUUCGACACUGUGGAGCCCCUGUUUGUCUCUGACCCUGCCGGUAACAUCACACAGCUCCACAACCUUUAACCUCUCAGACCCUGCUUCUGGUGAUUGGUAUGUCGCAGCCCACUUGCCUGAGGAUGAUGGCCGCAUAGAGCAGAAGGGUUUUCCGUCCUGCUCCUACUUCUUCCAGCCUCAGCUGUCAAUCAGGAGAGCAGUGGACACACCCAUUUUACAGCAGGGCACGUUCCUCCAGCAGACCGCAGCCCCUGACAGACCUGCACGCCUUAAGUUGUAUGUUCCAGAGUUUGCCUCUUCUCUCACCAUCUCGGUGGCUGACUGUUCACCAGGGGAGGGAGCAGUCAGUGGAAAUUGUUCACUGGUCCUCAGACUUGGCUCCUCCUCUCUGCAGCAGGGCCCAGUAACAGUGAACUGCUCAGGGAUUGGCUGCUCUGCAACGCUCUCUAACCCACCUUGGGACACCUGGUUACGGCUUGUUGUUGAGAGCAGCCAAGACAACCGUACUGUAACCUUUAGUAUCAUCUCAAACUACACAGUGGGAUGUAAGCCAAAAAGUGUAGGCCUUAAAGCAGAUGACGACAUCAGCAAGCUCCGUGGCAACAGCAGCUACACUAACUCCACAUCAGCGGGCAACAGCUCCUUGAGUACAGACACAGUCGCCUUUAACAACGAAUCAGCAUCAGUGUUGACGCCGCUGCUGGCGUCGGCGUGCGUGUGGAGCGUCCCCGUUCUCUACGAGGAGGUGGAUGUUCUGUCGCUCCGAUUCACCCCCGUCAACGGACCCAACGUCAGCGUCACAAACACACACCCCACACUGCUCACCUACCCGGUGCACACACAAGCCACAGGUGGAACACUCAACCUGCAGCUCACACUCAACACUAGUAAUGUAAUCCUGGGGAACAGCAGCAGAGUGGUGGCCUGUCUCUCUCAAUGGGCUCCAAUCCUCAACCUCAACCACUCUCAACCCUGUCGCACAGAUAUGUUUGGAGGAUAUGGUGUUCAUGUGAAUGCCAGUGUCCCUAAAGCUGUGAUCAGGCUGCCGUUCCCGCCGUCAACAACGUGGUACCUCACCCUGCAGCUCACAUGCAACAGCAGUGACUGUGGUAAUACAUCAGUGGUGUAUGUGGUCCCAGAGGUGUUUGUCAGUGCCUGCGUAGAGGACUGUGGGACGUACGGUGAAUGUAGAUUACUGAGAUCCUACAGCUACCUGUACAGUGCCUGUGUCUGCAAGGCUGGCUGGAGUGGUUGGGGCUGCACUGAUGGUUCGGCAGCUCAGUCGUACAGUCACCAGCUGACGGCAGCUCUGUUGCUCACUCUCAGUAACCUGUUCUUCCUGCCCGCCAUCGUGGUGGCCAUCAAACGCUGCUACAUCACUGAGGCAUCCGUCUACCUCUUCACAAUGUUUUCCUCCACGUUCUACCAUGCAUGUGACCAGCCGGGCGUGGCCGUACUCUGUAUAAUGGACUACGAUACCCUACAAUACUGUGACUUCCUGGGGUCUGUCUGUUCCAUCUGGGUCACCAUCCUGUGCAUGGCUCGCAUCAGAGACACAUUCAAAUAUACUCUGUUUAUGCUCGGGACUCUGUUGAUUGCCAUGUCAAUGCAACUGGACCGCAAAGGUCUGUGGAACCUGGUUGGUCCCGUCCUCUGUGCGCUGCUGAUCAUGGUCACUGCAUGGGUGUACCGAGGGGUGCGGCGUCGACAUUGUUACCCGCCUUCUUGGCAACGCUGGGCCUUCUACCUGAUCCCCGGGGCAACCUGUGCUCUGAUUGGGGUGUUCUUGUUCGCUUUUGCAGAGACAGAGGACAACUACUACUACAUACACUCGCUGUGGCACAUCCUGGUGGCCUGUUGCGUGGUGUUCCUGCUGCCGCCGAAGGAGCGAGACAGGGAGGUGCUGGGUUGGAGCAGGGGCUGGAACUGGAGCUGGAGACCCCGGGUUUGUGGGUACACUCUCUGUCAGAACGGCAAGGAUGAACUGUACACUGUCACAUAGUUGGAUAAGAGAUAAUAUAAGGGAGUAGAGACUCUGUAUUGAUUGUUAGAAAGCUGUAUAUAAGUACUCUUCAAAGUUUCUCAAUAUCUUGAAGAAUGCAUUAUAAAAUCAAAUUUAGAUCUAUAUUCUCAUAGGUCUGUGGCUUUCAUAUUCACAUUCACCUCAAGAACUAAUCUUAUAUUUGAAUUUAAAAAAGAUGUCCAAAAGACUUAAAAUGAAAAAAAAUUAACUUGUGGACAUCCUGAAACACACACACACACACACACACACUAUUUAAUCCAAGUGGAACCUCCAAGGUGGUCCUUUGCACCAACUUAGGUAUAAACAUCAAAUCCUUCAGGUAGCAGACCACCUGACCUUUGACCUCAUGAUCAGGAGUUUGUACAUAUUGUGUAUGUACAUAUUUUACUAGGGUAGGAAAUGAAUGUUUGCAAUAUUUAUAAGAAAUAGCACUUUGUGGAAUUCUUUUAAAUCUUUUCUAUUCAGUCUAUCAUUGACUGAUAAAAUAUGCUAUAUUUAUAGUUUAUGUAAACACUCCUCAUUCUCGUAUCCUCCUGUGUUUUCAUUAAGUCCUUUAAAUUAGUUCUACACAACCAUCUCGACUCCAGGUCCACCUACUAGCUUUUUCCAGAGCUGUUAAACCGUAUUUUGUGGUCUUCAUCAUUUUGCUUUUGAACUUCAGACUCAUUCCUUGCUAAAGAAUAAUGAAAAACAUUUAAAACCAGUAAACUGCUCUUUUGCCAAAGUCUGAUCAACCCUGUUUAUGAUGCCUUCCCAUCAUGUCAACAUCAGCCUCUCAGUUUUCCUUCACAUUUCUUUGCAUCAGAUCCUCAGACACUGGUCAACUGUAUGUGGCAAAUUUAGGUGCAGUGACUUUGGCAUACAGGAUACCUCCUCAUUCCUGUAAACAAAGCCAUGUUUUUAAAUACUGUGCAUGGCAUUAGGUUACAUUCAUGUGCAGAACUUACAUGCAGCUUGCAUUGAAACCGAAUGACUCUGUGCCCUGUCUCGUCUAUCCCCCCACUCUAAAACCUUACCAGUUUAUACUUUUUACCAGCAAUCAUUCUGAAGCACUUUCAUGAUUAGAAAGCUAAUUCCUCUUCAUAAUGUACAUAGCCCAUAGGCGAGUGAAUGGGCACUUGAUGAAUGUAUAUGGAGAUUACUGUGUCUGGUGCCUCAUGUAUGUACUAUACGAGUAUGUGUGAAUGUGUGAAUGUGUGUUUCGUCUCUUGCGUACUCUUUCCACACUUACUUUUAUCCAAGUCACACAUUGUGAUUUUGCACGUUGCACACUUUGAAUUUAGCCUUUCUUUGUUUUCUCGUAUGUGUCAGAGUGUAAAUCAUUUUAUUUUGUUGUCACAUUUAAGUAGGAGUUUGAAAAGGCAUUACCACUACAGCACACUGUACUCUGUGUGUAAGGAUUAAGAAAUGCAAUGUUCACUGUAAAACGUGAUUUUACUUCCUUGUACUGGACACUUACUUUUCAAUCAAUUAAAAAUCCAAACAGCAUUUAGCCUACCAAAAAUAAACCUUUUGUACAAAGAGAAAUCUUACAUGUUUUUUUUCAUGAUUUUUUUUUGCUCUUUCUUUUUUUUUAUUUUUUGCUUUUCAUGUGGGCUGUUUUUCUUUCCCCAAACACUCACACUCUCUUAUUCUCUGAGAGUGGAUUGGGGUAUAGAGGGAAGCAGAUUAUCAUAAGCCUCAGAAAUGUUGAAAGGGCCUGUGUUGAAAUACACAUUUCUGUGUGUGCGUGUGUGUGUGUGUGUGUGUGUGUGUGCGUGUGCGUGUUUGCCUGUGUUCCCAUAUAUAGCUUACCUCCAUUAGUAAAUUUGAUGGUCUCAGAAAGCUGACAUGGAUCAGUGC